CCAUCACCAUCAAGAUUAAGAAAAAGCGCAGAAAACAGCAGCUAAGCGUCAAGAUAGAUCACUCUAGAAGUUUAUAUUUUAAUAGCAUAUUAGCCGUUAUCAGAGCGUAUUCGCCACAGACUUAAAACAUCAGUUAUACACCAAUCUACACUGCUACAAUGUACUCAAUUCAAGCUGCAUCAGCAGCUUUCUAAUUCGGUUUAUAUCUCUCGAUUUUGCCCUCGCUUUUUACUGACUCAUAUCUAAGUCAUACUUUAAGCUAGGAAUCUUAAAAAUGAUACAAAAUUCUCCUAUUAACAACUGGCGCUAUGAUUCUUCACCAGAAAGUUCAUCCACAUCCUCAAAGCAGUCACUUCCUUCUCAAUAUAACACCUCGCCGACUUCAUACUCUAACAGCUCAAUUGAUAAUCUCCCAAAACUACAAACUUUAUCACUAGAUGCACCAAAGGCUCCUGUUGCAGCCCCUCUGCCUACUCCACCAACCUCAUCCUCCAUUAGAGGCACAAAACGCUGUAGAUCAUCCUCGCAAGCCUCAGAUAGUUCAAGAGGCAGCUUCUCAGCUGCUAGUUCCGACGACAUUGGUAGCGUAGAAAGGAAAUCCUAUGCUGACGGUCUUAUCGGUGAGUUUCCUUUUCCUUUGUUAAACAGAUAAUUGAAGUGGGGUUUUCCUCGUUAGACACAUCUGUUUUCACUAUUGAAGCCAUCUGGAAAUGUCCUCUGCCAGAGGAUCCAUACCCUAGAACGAUUGAGGACUCUCAGUUGCCGUUGAAAGAUUACAUUAGGGAAACCCUUCGUAGAUCGAAAACUUCAUCACAUACACUCCAAGUCGCGCUUUUUUACUUGUUCAAGAUAAGAGAUAAGGUUAGAUCACGUAGAGUUGAGGCAGCUCAGUUGCUCUGCGGUGGUCAAGUUGUAACCUGUCAGGACAGUCUACUUUGUGGUAGAAGGACAUUCUUAUCAUCACUUAUCUUAGCCAACAAGUACUUAUCCGAGAGAAAUUACAGUAAUCGCGCAUGGUCGAGAAUGUCGGGUUUGACAGCUAAUGAAAUAUCCUCGAAUGAGAGGGCAUUUCUGAUCCUAAUUAACUACGAAUUGUGUGUUUCUGAAUCAACUUGGAAGCGUUGGGUUGCAUUCUUGCGCACAUUAGUUGAAAAGCAAAAGGGACCAGCCACGAAUACUCAAGAUCAAGCUGUUUCGGAUGAUGAUGACGAGAGAAAAUGCAAACGCACAUGUUUGCAAUCUUCUCCAUACGAUUCUCAUACAGCAACACCAAAGCCAUCAUGUAUCGGACUAAAUGAGAGAGUUUCAUUCAGUGUCGAAUCCUAUUCUACUAAAGUUACUUGGGAAGGCGUUCGAGCAACAUCAACAACAGCAUAGAAUAUCAACUUUCUCGGUUAAGGUUUAGUAUUUUAAGAAGUUUUGACAGCAACUUUUAUUUUUACUCUUUAUUCUCUUUUACGUGUUGUAAAACGAAAUUUAUUUUUUAUUAAGAAAUUC